UCGGCGGCUGCCUCGUAGCUGUUUCGGAAAGAGAAUUCAAGACCUCUUCCUCACAUUGAUGAAAGUGGCUCUCUCUCUCGCUGAUCAGAAAUUGAUCCUCUUUGUUCAAUUCAACAUCGAUCGGACACACUGCAACAAGCCGGGGCGACGCCGCGGGGAUGCGCCGAAACAAAAAGCUACGAGCGGCGGGGGCUCUGGCGGAAAGCUUUCGAAAGAACUCGACGCCACCGCCACACAGCUUGCCAACAGACAGGACGAGAGCGAACAGUCAAGGAAGAAACUAAUCGACCUGAGCCGCGAGUUCAAGAAGACCACUCCAGAGGAUUUACGGAAACAAGUUGCUCCUCUGCUCAAGAGCUUCCAAGGAGAGAUUGAUGCCUUGAGUAAAAGAAGUAAAGAAGCAGAGGCCGCCUUCUUGAACGUGUACAAAAAAAUAAUCGAUGUCCCAGACCCUGUACCUGUGUUGGAGCUGGCUCAGCAGCUGCAGCUGAAGCUCCAGAGGAUGCACGACAUUGAGACAGAGAACACCAAGCUUCGAGAGACACUGGAGGACUACAACAAAGAGUUCGCAGAAGUUAAAAACCAAGAGGUGACCAUUAAGGCCUUGAAGGAGAAGAUCCGUGAGUACGAGCAGACUCUGAAGAACCAGGCUGAGAACUUGGCCCAAGAGAAGCAGCUCCAGCUUCACAAUGACUAUGCAGAAAAAGAGAGGAAACUCCAGGAAAGCCAGGACUCUAUGUCCUCGAGGUUGAAAGAGGCUGAAACCAAGGUCCAGUCCCUUCAGACAGCACUUGAAACAACUCAGGCUGAGCUCUUUGAUUUGAAGACAAAGUAUGAUGAAGAAUCUACAGCAAAGGUCGAUGAGAUUGAGAUGGUGAUGACAGACCUGGAGAGAGCCAAUCAGCGAGCAGAAGCAGCUCAGAGGGAGGCAGAGUCCCUCAGAGAGCAGCUGUCCCUGAGUAACCAAUCCCAGCAGCCCAGCAGUCCAUCCAAGGCUGACCCCGACUCGGAGCAAGCAGCAGAGGCGGCGUCCCACUCAAGUCUGGAGGCGGAGCUCAGGGCCAAAGAAAGGGAGACCGCCCAGCUGGUGGAGGAUGUCCAGAGACUGCAGGCCAGCCUGACUAAACUCCGAGAGACCACCAGCUCCCAGAUCUUACAGCUGGAGCAGCAGCUGAGCAGUAAAUCUGCAGUUCUGAAGGAACUGGAGGAGAAACUGGAAAGUCAAGCUGACUAUGAAGAGGUCAAGAAGGAGUUGAGUAUCCUCAAGACUAUGGAGUUUGGAACUUCUGACUCAGUGCAGGACUCUUCCAAACCUCUGGAGGUGCUGCUGCUGGAGAAGAAUCGAGCUCUUCAAUCAGAGAGUGCUGCUCUGCGCAUCGCCAACACCGAGCUGAGUGGGUCAGCCGGGCGAAAAGGGACAGAAGAGUCCACAACAACAAAGGAGGACACGGUGAACAGCGACCCCUCGUCCUCGCCCACCCCUCCACCUCCCUCUGUCCCUUCCUCCUCUCAGCUGCCCCUGUCUCGCGCUCACACAGACUCCCUCAACACUGCCACAACCAGCGGUGAAACACACCCCUUCACUCCUACGGGCAUUGGACAGGAGCUCUACUCCCCCAUGUUUCCUCUGGUGGGGGGAAAGAUGGCUCUGAACUCCUUGAUUCAGCGGCAGCUGCUCCAAACCUUCUACUCAAAAGCCUUGCAGGAGUCAUCUGGAAUCCACAGUGGAGCUCUCCUCUUCACCCCCUUUACUCCGGCCCUCUCCUCCAUCCCUACCUCCACGCCCGGCUCGGGCUCUGCUACCAUCCCUCUGGCAGCCAGCAGCCCUCAGCCACCUCCGGCCAGUCCUGACAUGGCUCCCGUCAACGGGAGCAGCACGGCGGGCAGCGCCCCGUCCCCGUCACCCAGCCACUCCGACGCCAACACCGGGAGCGUGUUGGACGGCGAGGACAUGGACACGGCGGAGAUCGCCCGGCAGGUGAAGGAGCAGCUGAUCAAGCACAACAUCGGCCAGCGCGUGUUCGGCCACUACGUGCUGGGACUGUCCCAGGGUUCGGUCAGCGAGAUCCUGGCGAGACCAAAGCCGUGGAACAAGUUAACCAUCCGAGGGAAGGAGCCCUUCCACAAGAUGAGGCAGUUCCUCGCCGAUGAGCAGAACAUCCUCGCUCUGCGCAGCAUUCAGGGACGACAGAGAGAGGGCUCAGGCCAGCCCCAGCUUAGCCGAGUGUUUCAGGAUGUUCCGAAGCGGAGAUCCAUCUCCGAUACACCUUCACACACAGGUAACAUCACGGCUCGUGUCCGCACCCCUGAGGCAGGUUCAGAUGAAGCUAUCAAGUCCAUACUGGAGCAGGCCAAACGAGAGCUGCAGGUGCAGAAAGCYGACUUGUCCCACGCUCCRCCGUCCUACACGGGACUGAAGGGAGGGGGCGGAGGUGGAGUGGCGAGCGGCGGGGGCAGCGGCUCAGACGAAGCCAUCCGCUCCAUCUUGGAGCAGGCGCGCAGAGAAAUGGAGGCGAACCAGGCUGCGCUGGAGCCCAUCCUCAAAGCUUCAUCCUCGUCUUCCUCCUCAGCCUUGUCUCAGAGGGACAUCCUGAACUCUCCCCUCACCGCCCCGCUCCCACCCUACAACCCCCUGGCGCUCUCGCUCAAGAAGCCUCCCAGCUCCCUCCUGUCCUCGCCUUCGUCCCCGUCUCCCAUCCUGGACUUCAGCUCCGGUGGGAAGAGAGAGGGCCGAGCUUCCUCAGGGAUCGACAUGUCGGCCGACGGAUUGUUCAGGCAGGGGCGCGCCUCYGAGGGCUCAGCCCGCUCCGGGAGUGCCGCCGGAGUGGGCUAYUGGAGGGAGCAGUGGUGGAGCAACAUGCACUCAGACCCGCGGAGGACCAUGUCCAGCCAGACGGGAGAGGAAAACCAUCACCAGGAGGACUCCAAAGAGGGAAUACUGAGCGACAGCCUGUCUCGACACAAACCGUGGAACAAGUUGAACCAGAGGAGCAGAGAGCCAUACCUUCGUAUGCAGCCRUGGGUCAACGGAGACCAGGGGCAGAAUGCACACGUCCAGCAAACUCAGAACCAAGCAGAGGGGACCCCCAAGACCUCAGCGAGCUGCAGCCCGGCUCCCGAGUCCCCGCUCAGUUCAGCCGAGGAGUCCGUCAACGGCCUCAGUGGCGAUCCACUUGCUUCGCAGUCCUCGGGUCUUAAACCUCCAUCCGAAGAUCCCUCAGGUGGGGAGUCCCAACCUGGAACCCCGCUGCCUCUGCCAGGUCACUCAGGUCUCAGCAUCCAGGAGAUGGUUGCAAUGUCUCCUGAGCUCGAUACGUACGCUAUCACCAAGAAGGUGAAGGAGGUGCUAACUGAUAAUAAUCUCGGCCAGCGACUAUUUGGGGAGACCAUCCUGGGUCUGACUCAGGGUUCCGUCUCAGACCUGCUGGCUAGGCCUAAACCUUGGCACAAGCUGAGCCUGAAGGGCAGGGAGCCGUUUGUCCGMAUGCAGCUUUGGCUCCAGGACCCACACAGUGUGGAGAAACUCAUGGACAUGAAACGCCUGGAGAAGAAAGCGUACAUGAAGCGGCGGCUGAGCUCCCUGAGUGAUGGUCAUUCUGUGGAAGGAGCUUUGGUGGGCUCUGAUUACAUGCAGGGCUCCCAGAGUCCGGGACAGCAGCAGCUGAAGAAGCCCAGAGUGGUCCUGGGCCCUGAAGAGAAGGAGGCCCUGAAGAAAGCUUAUCAGCAGAAACCCUACCCCUCCCCUAAAACCAUCGAGGAGCUGGCCUCCCAGCUCAACUUGAAGACCAGUACAGUUAUCAACUGGUUCCAUAAUUACAGGUCACGGAUCAGAAGAGAGCUCUUCAUAGARGAGAUCCAGGCAGCUGGAGGGGUGGUUCCAGGCAGCGACGGGGGAUCUCCUUCUCUACGCGGGUCCAAAUCAGGAGAAGGGGACAGCUGUGAUGGAACAGAAUCUGAGGGAACAGUGGAGAGCCGCCAGGGACUGGGCAUGAGUCUGGAGGAUCACAGAGGAGCGUGCAAAGACCACAGUAUGGAGACUGAGUCAGAGGUCGGGGGCUCUAAUAAUUCCCCUGCCCAGUUAGACUGCACCACCUCAGGCUUAGCCGGGCCAGGCUCCAGCUGUGGACAAAGUGGACUGGGGCUCUUCAGCCUCACAGAGGCGUCCUCCAGUAGCUCUGCCUCGAGUACAAACAUCCCGGCCUCUGGCCCGACCAGAAACCCCAGGGACAACAAUCUGCGCAAGAAAAAAGCAGCCAAUCUGAAUAACAUCAUCCACAGGCUGGAGAAGGCUGCCAGUAAAGAGGAUCCCUCAGAGUGGGAGUUUUAGCUCCCUGUCUAUCCUUCGUCCCUAUCCUCCCAUAACCUCACGACCUCUAACCUUGGACCCCUCCUGCUCUGUUCCAGUCGGAGAGUGGACACAGCCAAAGUCAAGCUCAGCAGCCAUUUUUAUUACAGAGAAGCUUUCCAAAAAAAAGAGGAAAGAAACAAAGAGUGGUUGGCAAAACCCUUCAAAAGAAGAUUUACUGAACACAUGGAAGAACAAAAUAAGAGAGCUUAAGUGUCUCUCCUGUUAGUUAUUUUAUUUUUUAACUGAGUUUUUGUUUUUGUACUGAGAAAAAGCACUUAGCCGUCCUGCUGGCCACUGGCCCUGCUGUACCUCCCCUCUAUCACCAGCCACUGGUGCACCAGACUGGUUAGUCCUGAGCUGGGGGGUCUGACCCCGCAGCUGGGGUUCGAACCUGGACUCAGUAACACAGGCCAGGCCUGACACAGCAGCUGUCACAGUGAUGGACACUGAUAGACGAUGGAGACAGGAACUCUCUUACAAGAACCCUCACUUUGUUAAAGGAGAUUUUUUCCCGCUCUUCUUCUCACCUCCCAAGUGUCCACAAACCUCCCCUCACUCAGUGAGACGCCUCAUUUUUCACACUGUAGAGUGACUGUUACAAACCCUUUGCCUUUUUCACUCACUGCGUGUGCGUUUGCGUGUUAGAGGUUGUGUCAGUGUGUGCACCUGUGUGUGUGCGUGUAUUUGUUGCGUGUGUGUGAACACCUAAAACCGGUGUGUACUCUUCUCAAUGGCAGCAUGUUUUYCUUUUUUUAAGUCACUCCUACGCUCUUAAGAGGGUAGCAGGCUGAGCUGCCACAGUUACUGAUAGAAGACAGAUGAACUUUGACCUGUUGUGUCCCGCAUCCUAUCCUGCUGACAGCCAUGUGAUGGCCAGAAGGAUCUUUUAAUUCCUCACAAACAAACGCACUCACCUGAAGAGGAAGGAAAGAAGGAAGGAACCCUCUCUUUUUGCCUCCUUAGACCCUUCUUUUUAGGAUGAAGGAUCUCUGUUUUUGAUACUGCAAUUUGGUUGCCAAUAAGAGAUUGCACAGUCUAUUGACUCUAAAGAGUACAAAAUAGGGAAUUCUAGGAAACAUUUUUAAUUAGUACAAAAUAAGAACAGAAAACAAGAGAAUAACAAGUUACUGAUUAAAAAAAAAGACGACAAAUUAGAGUGGAGUAACGUUGCAGCACGAUGAACUUGUGUAGUACUGUAGCUGUCUGACAUGGUGAUACUAUACGUGUCUCUUGUUGUUUUGAUUUGAUUUUUUUAGGUUGUGCACGUCACAGCUGUACCCAGCACUGGACCUGCUGGGCACGUGUGCACCGCUAACAAAAUUCUCUUCGUUCACAAACGCAUCUUUUUAUAGGCCAAAAUCAGGAAGAGUGUGUGUUUUUGUGCGUCCUCUUUGUGUACGUGUGUGUGUGUGUGCGCGCGUGUGUGUGCAUUUAUACUUGCCUGCAUGUAAGUCAGGGUUGAGGUCAAUUUGCUCAAUUUAAGACGUAGAUUUUAAAGAUUCUCGACUGAAAAACAGAGGGGUUUUCAGCAAGUUAAUUGCUGAAUUUUUAUUAUGAUUAUUAAUAUUAUUAUUAUUUUAAAAAAUUUCUGCUGGUUGCUGUCGAAGUGAGUUCACCCCAGCCCUGGUGUGAGUAGUUUCCACUCUCCUCCAGUCUUUCCUGUAUCCAGGGAUGUGUGUGUGUGUGUCUUAUUAUUAUUAUUUUUUAUUUUGCAUUGAAUUCUACUGUAAACACUACAAACUUUAAGGCAUAUCACCUCCUCCCUGUCCCACACAAACCCUCAGUGCCUGUCAGCCCACUGCCUCCCCAUUUUUGUGUGCGAUUUUUUGCGUGGAUGCACGUACACGCAUGCCUGUCAAUACAUGCGUGUGCACACGUGUGUGUGUGUGUGAGAGAGAGAGAAAGAGAUCGAGUGUUAGUUUCCAAUGAGUGGGGUCAUAUUUCUACUUGCACACACUACUAGUGCACAACUAACACCCUUCUUUAAGCUGUUUGAUGCGUUACCAUUGCAUUAAUAAUCUUCUCACAAAGUAGUGUAAUACUAUGAUUUACUGUAGCUUGGUUUUAUUGCAUUUAUAGUUUGGUUUUUAUUCUGCUUAUUUAUAGGUGCUGUAUUUUUUUUUUCAUUUAAUGUCUUAUCAUAUGAGUUGUCUAUUUUUUAAGGGAUUAUACUUUUCCUGAGGGCAAGUAACAUUUUUAUUAGACGUAUAGACUGCCGGCAGUAUUGGUUAAUAUUUACAAAGAUGUACUAGUUCUCAUUUGUUUGUAUAUUCAUGAAUCCUAAAGUUUAGUGUCAUUUCAAUCGCUUUGAAAAUGUGUUUGCUACAGUUCAUGCUCCCAUAAGCUUAAAGCUCUCACCGCGACUGUUCUGCUCUUAAAUUGCUAGCUAGAGAAUCAAAGGACAUAUCAAGAUCAGUGAAUAUAUUUUAGUCAGGUUUUUUUUCUUUUCUUUUUUCAUUUAUUUCUCUCGAGCAAAGCCCGACACUAGCGCUCAGCGGGGCGCGCAGCUUCAUUUAGCCAGAGUCGCCCGUCCAUUAAUCACACAAACAUAAUUAACCGCUCCAAAUUUCUACUCAAAUAGGUCAAAUGAAAUUACCUAAACUUGAGAACGCGCGCGAGUGUGUUAACUUGAAAAAAAAAAAAGAGGUCAUAUCUGCCAAAUUGAGAUUAGAGAAGUGUACCAGCGAGCGGGUGUGCUACGCCAUAUCGAGCAGAGAUAGCCAGCCUAUGAUUAUGCAGAAUUUCUAUUGCAGUUCGUAACGAAGCACUUAUGAGGAUCUUUUUAUGACUCAACCUCGGACAGGGUCUGUAAACACUACAACAGAGUACGAUCCCAGGAUCCUGGGAAGUGUCUGCACCCCCCCCCUUUUUUUUAAAAGAAAAGAAAAAUCGUGGUUGUAAACCAAGCACAGACUCUUAUCCACCAACACUAAAACUGAAACAUAAGGUGGCUGUACGCAUCUGUCCAACUGCAGACACACAAAACGCUGUCGUCCUGUACAGUUGUGGAUAUUCUGAGAUGUUUUUGGGGUUUUGUUCAGUCUCCUCAGUCCAUCCUGAAGCCUUCCUGUUCCCCUAAAGCGUGCAUCCUUUUUGACUUUUAUCCAAUAAAUAACCAAUCGUGUCGCUGCACUGCGUUCUGACGCGUUAGUUACAAUUGAGAUUUUCCUGAUGUGUCCGUGAAGCCUUCCCGAGCACGGGCUCCUCCUGCAGGCGACAGAUGUUAGACGUCUGCCUGCUGCAGCACAGUGAAGGCUGAACUCCAGCAGCUCUGACAGGACAACCACGAUGUGUUUCAGUAACGAACAGCUCCUGUAAAAUCCACAUUUAAUGGCAAAGUCCGGAUCUUUGAAGUGGAGUUUUGUGGAAAGGCGAUAGAUAAUAUCUUACCUGUUGUAGAUGGCUCUUUGAAUGACCUGAGUUUGGGGAAACUGUGUUUUUCUGACUGGGUUGGUGAGUAAAGCAGAGACCAAAGUGAAUUGCUGCUUUUAAAAUGACUUCAAACUCAAAACAUUUUGAAACUGCUCUGAUGAAAUGUUCCUAUAAACCUUUACGCUGUCAGCAGUUCUGCAUGACAGUUAUUUUAGGUAUUUCUUCAAAUAACCAUACAGUUCUACAUAAAUAACUGUAGGAUUUAAAACUUACCAAGGUUUUCUUUCUGGUCGUCAAACUUCAUUCAGUUCUCUCUAACACGAUGCUGCUUUCUCUUAGGAGCACUUCCUGAACUUGUUGUGGAAAAGGUCGCACUCUGGAAUGUCGAGGUUAGAUAGUCGUGUUCCUGCUGCUGUGGACUGUUUGAACACUUCCUUAUCUCUACUCACAACUGGACAAACAUCUACAUGUCUGCCUGUUCUGAGGCAGGUUUUUUAAAAUAAAGCAAAGUUAACUUUAUUUUUAAAUUGUGCUUUUAAAUCGGGUUGAAAACCUCAGAUUGUUACCAGCUGGGGCUGUGACCUCCAUGUUAAUCUCCAUAAAUUAAAUUAAGUUAAAUAGCUAUUGCUAUUGACAGAAUUUUUUAUCGUAAUUAUUACAAAAUUAAAACGAGUAGAUUAAUUGAUUACAAAAACUACCCGUUGUUAAGACCAUUUGUGUUGACUUUGUUUAUUAAGAUUAUUGUCAAUAUUUGUAUAUAAAGCUAAUAGAUAAUUGUGGUCACGAUAUCUUGCAUAAUUCUUUAGCACAUUAAAAACAAAAUGCUUUUCAAUUUAGUCAGACUAAAUGUUAAAAUACUGCAAUAAAAUAUGUGUAAAACACGUUAAAUCAAGUAAAAAGAUGAGUUUUUAAUCAAAGAUUUAAAAGAUUUUUUGUAGAUAAAAUAAGUCGAUGUUUUGAUCCCGUCCCCACUUUAAUCAAACUGCAUCACUGUUUCUCCAAACUGAGGUUCAAAGAGCYAUCUGUAACAGGUAAGAUAAUAGCAGUUCAGAGCUGCUCUGCAGAACCCUGCUUUAAAAGAGACGUUUUGCUUUUUUACAGCCAGAUCCCCCCUCAGUUCACCAGAACCAGGCGAGAUCAUCAGAUUUGUGCCUUUAACUGCCAAGCAGGGCACCAAACUAGUGAUGUCUUUCCAGUUUCAGCUGAUCUCUCACACCUGGGUCUGUUUUAUUUUUUAUUUAUUUUUUCUCCCAGCCUUCAUGUUGGUACUUAAACUCCUCUGGGCUUUUUGGAGCGAGGUCAGGAAAGCAGAUCCAGAGGAGGGCAAACAUUGUGUGUAUCCUAACGACUAACGAGUCAUGUUUCAGUCCAGGUCUUAUUUCAGACAGUCAUUUGUUUGUUUCCCCCCUGAAUACAUUUCUUAUUUUGUACAUAAACUAGCAGCGAUUUAAAAAAAUAUAUAUAUAUAAAAAAGAAAAAAGGCCAGAGCGUUGAAUGAAGGAGGAAGCAUGCAGAACACAGCAUACACUGUAAUAACACUGAAUAUCUUCACAGGGCAUUUUUAUAUUUUCCUUUUUUUUUUUCUUUUCUGUUUAUGUCAGGUUUGUUGUGACGUUGAUAAACGGCACUACAGGUAUUGAUAAUGACGCGUGCCAAUUCUGUUUUUUGCGGGGAAAAAGAGACGUCUGUAAAUAACGGUCGAUCGAUGGAGUAGCCGAUCGAUCUCGCUGUCGUCGCGGCGUACUUCUGUUCGAAGGCAGGAGCAGAGAAGAAGAAGAAGAAGAAGAAGAAGGGACGAUUCAGGACUUUUUUCCAUGAUCCACAGAUAUUUUUCUACAAAUUUAAAUCAGAUGAUUCUAUACACUGUUGAAUAACAUUGUAAAGGUGUAACAGAUGCUGUAUAUCAUAUCAAUGUUUUCUGAAGUCGUAAAAAGCUUUACUGUAUGAUCUGUCGAAGUCGUAGUUAUUCGUUUUUGACACGUUAGUUGUAAAUGGAAGCCCGAACAGCAGCACUGGUCACCAUAUUCAGGAAAAAAAUAAUAAAAACGACAAAAAGAAAAAAAAACAAAAGAUAAAAGAAAAACCUCAGAUGUUUUUUGUAAUACUUUUAGAAUAUAUCUUAUGAAGUGGGUUUUUUUUGUAAGGAAACACUUUCUGAAUCAGCGGUGCUGUAUGCAGAGCACACUCAGUAAUACAUUUACACACAAAUACAGCACAAAUACGCUCAUCCUUUUUGUUUUUAAACCUCCCUCCACUCAGUCCCACCCCCUCAACGUCGGCUGCCGAUUUUCAAGUCUUAAGCCAUUUGUGCGUCAUCUUUUUGUCACAUCGUGUUUAAAUGAAAGAUUUUAACAGUUGGAGGGCGUUUAGGUCGACGGACUCGUUUCGGUUAAUCGAUUCGUUUUUAGUCGAGUCGAAGCAAAAAAAAAAAAAAAAAGCCAAAUAGCGAUGUAAUCGUCCGCUCCUGUUGGUGGUGGUGGGGGAGAACAAAAAAGGGUUGGGUUUCUGUGUUUUCUCUACCUAGUGUUGUUCUUCUGUUCACCUGUUAGCUUGAACCACGGUGUGUGUAGUUUUGACAACCAAAAGGCCUGGGGAGA